GUUAGAGUGGUGGGCAAGAAGGCUAAUUAAACGAGAUCACAUGACUACAGAAGACAAUACUAAUGAGGCCUCAAAAACAAAAUCAGUCAUGGAAAAUUUUGAGAAGGUGACAAUUUCAGAGAAAAUGGAAGAUUCAAAUUCGAUUACCCUCAAUCUCCUUCGCAAAUUUCUCUCUCUUCAGCAACGAAGAGCCGAAGCUUAUGCCAAAUUACGAGAUGGUUUUUCUGAGUACAUGAUCUCAGGGGUGGAGUCAACUUACCAACAGCUUUGCAGUGAGAUCACGAUAGAGUUCAGUGAUUGCUCAAAACAAGUUCGUGAGAUUGAAUCCCAAUUUCUGAAUCCUGACUGCUUUAGAGAUGAUUUAGCUAGAUUAUUGAGGUCUGUUCAAGAGCUGGAGAAGCAAAAACUGCACUUGACUGCAACAAUUCAGGUGUUGAAGAAGGCUGGGCGACCGUCUGAACGGCUUGUAACUCAUGAAAAUUGUAGGUUUAAAAAGCCAAUGCAUCAUGAAUGUGUGCAUGUCCACGAGUUAACCGAUGCAGCUGGGACUGAAGAAGCAGAGGCAGAUGCAGAGUAUGAUAAUGCUGUUAAGGAAGCCGUUCAAGGUGUGCAAGAGGCAGUGACCUCUAUAAAUGAACACUUGGAAGAAAUUAGAUAUGAAAUAGCUGCCCUAGAGUGAGUAAACUGUUUAGCUUGUGAAAAAAAAAAUCAGAGAAUAUUGUUGGGAUAGGGAGUUUAAUGGCUUUAAUCUGUGCAGAAGUAACUUUUUUAUCCUUCGUUGUAACGGCUCAAUUUAUCAGCCAAUAACAUGUAAUACUAGUCGAAUUUUCCUAAGAAAAAGAGUGAAGCUUUAUUCC